AUGAAGUACUUCGCCGCCUUGCUUGUGCUUUUGCUGGUGCACACCGUAUGUGCAGUUGAUGUCGCAAGCGGUGCCGCCUCUGUAUUUGGCGAUGCCACAUCGGCGAUCGGUGGCGCUGCCUCGACGGCUGCGUCGGGCGUGUCUCGCGGUGGUGCUGCAGUUCAGUCUGGCGUCUGCAAGGGCGUCUCCUGCCAAUCUCCUACGGCUAAGCCGACCAACCCGAAUCAAUCAUACAAUGGCGCUAUGGGCACCCUUCAUACGUAUGGCGAAAGUGCCCCUGGUGCCUCGAGCCAGAACCCCUCUGGCGGCGGCCGCAGCUCUACUUCUUCCAGAGACAAUGGCGCCGUCUCUCCACGCCUCUCCUCCCUGCUUAUGACGACCUCUGUGAUACUGGCCAUUAUGACUGCGUCUCUAUAG